UGACUCAGCACGGGGGGCGUGCUGACGUGGCCCUAGCACGUGGGGAGCGUGCUGACUCAGCACCAGGGGCGUGCUAACACGUGGCGACACAUGAUUGGCUGCGGCAGGCAGCACGUGGGGGGCAUGGUGAAUGCUCCCAUCUAUAUAUAGGCAGAGCUGGGCUGCAUUUUCAUUCUGAGUAAGAGUGUGUGAGCAUUCUUUGAGUGUUCUGUGAGUGUUGGUAGUGCAAUGGAGGGUACCGCAAACUUGGUGGUGUAUCGCAACGGUGAAAUAAUACGCAAUACUCAUGAGGGAGUGAUGUUUGUCUACUAGAAUCCGUUUUUGUUUGUGGUUCCAUGCACCAUGACGUUAAUGGAGCUUCAGAAUGGUCUCUGUCAAAGCAUGGAGAACGGUACAUUAAUGAGAGUGAGCAGAAUUUUGUACCGGAAUCCAAUUGUAGUUUUUGGUGGUCUAAUACAGUUUGAUACCAUGCCAAUCACUGACAAAGGGAGUAUGCAGAAUAUGUUUCAAAUUUACCGGCAGACUCAGAUGCGACAGCCACAGAUUGAGCUAUAUGUUGAGUUUGAAAGCGUAGAAGCAGAAGGGAUUCAAAAUGUUUUAGAUAUAGAGGAUGAUAGAGCUGCAGUGUACGAGGAAAUGAAUAGUGACAGCGAAGAGGACUUCGAAGCCACUUAUGAAGCCGGCGAUGAAGACGAGGAUGGUGAUGUGGGAGUUGAGACAGCAACGGAGAAUAUAAUGGUUCAUCCCUCGAGCAGUCAACCGAUGAACAUGCCACCAUUCAUGCGUGAGUUAGAUCUCGACGCCAUGCAUGCACCGGAAUUUUCAGAAUAUGCAAACAUAGGAGUUGCUGAUCCUGAGGACGGAGAGUUCCGGAUUGGAAUGGAAUACAGUUCCCGAAAGUCGGUCGUGGUUGCAAUUAGAAGAUACACUAUCGCUAGAGGAGUUGACUACGAUGUGUAUGAGUCUGAGCCACAGACCUUCUAUGCAAAAUGCAAGAUGUACGGGCGUGGGUGCGACUGGCUUAUCUGAGCCAGCUUGAUACGGAAAAAAGAUUGUUGGGAGAUACGCAGAUACAAUGGAAGGCACACGUGCACAAUGGAAACGAUUUCACAGAAUCAUUCCAAGUUGGACUCGGAUACCGUUGCUGAUAAUAUAAUGCCGUUAGUCAAGACUGACCCGUCAAUCAAGGUGAAAUCUAUAAUAGCGGAAGUCCAGUCAAGGUUCAACUAUACCAUCAGUUACCGAAAGGCUUGGUUGGCAAAGCAGAAGUCUAUAGUGAAAGUUUUCGGUGGUUGGGAGGAUUCUUACCAAGCAUUGCCAUGGUGGCUCUCGGUCAUGGUUCAGAAGAUACCUGGGUCAGUUGUGCAAAUAGAAACAUGCCCACUGUACAAUGGGAAUGAGGAGGCGCAAGGUGUAAAAAUACUUCAUCGCGUAUUUUGGAGCUUCAAUCCAUGCGUUAGGCCAUUUAGGCAUUGCAAGCCUCUAGUUUAGGUAGACGGCACACACCUAUACGGAAAAUACAAAGGAACACUCCUGGUCGCUAUUGCACAAGAUGGGAACCAGAACAUUGUGCCUAUAGCUUUUGCGCUGGUGGAAGGGGAGACAGCUGAUGCGUGGCACUUCUUUCUCAGAAAUCUGUGAAUGCAUGUUGUCAGAAAAGACGGUGUGGGUAUGAUUUCAGAUCGGCAUGAGUCAAUUUGGGCAGCAGUAAAUCGUUCCGGAGGUGACUGGCAACCUCCAAGAGCAUGGUGGAUGUUUUGUAUAAGGCACAUCGACAGCAACUUCCUAAGAGCAUUCAAAGUCCCUCACUUGCAGAAGCUUGUUGUCAACAUUGGGUAUUCAUGAACGGUGGAGGAGUACAACAUCAACUAUAAGAGGCUGGAAGAGCGAGGCGAGGCAUAUGCUAGGUGGUGCGAUGCCAUUGGAUUUAGACAUUGGGUGUUGGCAUUCGACGAGGGACAUCGAUGGGGCCAUAUGACGAUCAACCUUGUCGAGUGCAUUAACUCAGUGUUGAAGGGUGCCCGUAAUCUACCUGUGCUAGUGCUGGUCCGAGCAACAUAUUAUCGAUUAAAUGAACUUUUUACACGGAAUAGUGCCGAGGCUCACGAACGCAAGUGUGCUGGGUUUACUUACUCCGUAUUUGCACAACAGCGGAUAGAGGCAAAUAUGCAACAGGCUGGGAAUAUAGUAGUGCACCGGUUUGACAGACGAAAUGAGGUGUUUGAGGUGCGCGACAUGGCUAGCGGGAAGGUGUCAGUUGUUGACCUUGCGCGACGGGCGUGUGACUGCGGGCACUUUCAGGUGGAACGACUACCUUGUCGCCAUGUUAUUGCUUGCUAUGCUAACCAGCGUCUCGAUUGGCAGCUGUAUGUGCAUGACGUGUACAAGAUGAUAGAGAUUCGUGAGCUAUAUAGAUUUGAGUUCACACUGUUAAGUGAUCCCGAGACAUGGCCCGUAUAUGAGGGACCCACAUUGGUCGCUAAUCCCGCCUUGAGACAAACGUCGAAAGGUUGCCCCAAAUUGACCCAGUACUUGAAUGAGAUGGAUUCACGCGACAUGUGUGGUCCUCGGGUAUGCCGUCUCUGUGGUGCUCAGGGUCAUAGUCGGAGCCGAUGUCCUCAUCGUGCUGGACCGAGUGGUGGGGGUGAAUGAUGUUUAUUUUUUUUCGUGUUUGUAAGCUGAUG